AUGUGGAAACACUCCAAGUUGUUUUACAGUAGAUAUGCAAUACAAAGGAGAAAUAUUUUCUCCAGUAGUCACAAGACAGCAGGAGUAGUUUUGAAAUCUACUGAUAUAGUUUCUGAAAAUUCAGAACAUGCACUUCCUAAGGAAACACGCGUGGUCAUAUGUGGAGGUGGAGUUAUGGGAGGUGCUGUGGCGUAUCAUUUGUCGCUUAUGGGAUUAGGACCAGAGACUAUUUUAGUAGAGAGUAGCAGAUUAGGAGGUGGAACAACAUGGCAUACAUCAGGAUUAGUAGGAGCUUUCAAACCCAGCCUAACUCAAGUCAAACUUGCUCAAGAUAGUAUUGCUCUGUAUAAGGAAUUGGAGAAGAAAGAUCUUUCAACAGGCUGGAAACAAUGUGGCAGCCUUUCAUUGGCACGUACAAGAGACCGUAUGACUUUGUUUAGACGAAUGAAGGCACAAUCUGUAUCACAUGAUGUCGAGUGUCACUUAGUUUCACCAAAAGAAAUUCAAGAUUUAUGCCCAUUACUAUAUGUUGAUGAUCUUGUUGGAGGAUUAUGGAUUCCAGAAGAUGGUGUAGGUGAUCCUUAUCAGAUUUGUUUAACUCUAGUUCAAGAGGCACAAGAAAGAGGUGUUCAAGUAUAUGAGAAUUGUGCGGUUACAAAAGUUAUUAACCAAAAUGGUCGAAUAGAAGCGGUAGAAACAACACAUGGUACUGUUAAAUGUAAACAUUUUGUCAACUGUGCUGGAUUCUGGGCACGGAAUGUGGGUAAACUCAGUGAACCAUAUGUAAAGGUACCACUUCAUCCAGUAGAACACUAUUAUAUGCAUACUAAACCUAUUGCUAAUUUAGAUCCCAUGACGCCUGUUAUACGCGACUUGGAUGGAUAUAUCUAUUUUCGAGAGAAUAACGGACGCUUAUUAGCUGGUGGUUUUGAACCGGUAGCAAAACCAGCGUUUGAAGAUGGCGUGAUUCCUGAAAGCAAACACGAGCGAUUUUUGCCGGAGGAUUGGGAUCACUUCCACAUAUUGCUGGAACAGAUGUUGCAUAGAAUUCCGAGUUUAGGAAACGCGGUUCUGGAAAGACUCUGUAACGGGCCCGAGGCGUUCUCCCCGGAUUGCAAGUGGAUUGUAGGAGAGGCUCCAGAGAUACGUAAUUAUUACAUCGCAGCCGGAAUGAAAACGGUCGGGAUAUCCGCUGCCGGCGGAGUCGGUCGUGCCACGGCGGAAUUAAUAGUUAACGGCUCGACAUCGUUAGACAUGUACGAAUUGGACGUCACGCGUUUCCUUGGGCUGCACAAUAAUCGCAAGUUCUUGCGCGAUCGAGUGCGGGAGGUGCCCGGGAUGCAUUACGCGCUGCAAUAUCCGCAUCACGAAUUCAAGACCGGUAGGAACUUGAGGAUGUCGCCGAUCUAUCCGAAACUUAGAGACGCGGGCGCUGUUUUUGGCCAAGUCAUGGGCUACGAGAGACCAUCCUGGUUUCAGCCGGACGACGACGAUCUAGAGUUCCCCGAUGGUUUCCAAAGGUAUAAGAUAGCAUAUACGAACACUUUCGGCAAGCCUCCUUGGUUCGACCAAGUUGCGCAAGAAUAUGCCGCUUGCAGAGAGGCGAUCGGUCUCAGCGACUAUUCCUCUUUCACGAAAAUCGACUUAUGGUCAAACGACACGGAAGUUGUGGAUUUACUACAGUACUUGUGCUCCAAUAAUGUCGACGUACCUGUGGGGAGUAUUAUCCAUACCGGCAUGCAGAAUCAUCAUGGGGGCUACGAAAAUGAUUGCAGUUUAGCACGGAUCGCGCCAAAUCACUACAUGAUGAUUGCUCCCACGAUUCAGCAGACACGUUGCAAGCAUUGGAUACACCGGCAUUUGCCGUCGGACGGCUCCGUCGCUGUGUCCGACGUGACAUCGGCUUAUACCGCAAUUUGUAUAAUGGGCCCCGCAACCAGACAAUUGUUAACCGAAUUGACUGACAUAGAUCUGAAUCCGAAAAACUUUCCAUUUUUUACGUUUAAGGAAUUAGACGUUGGCCUUGCCAAUGGCAUUCGUACGAUGAAUCUAACGCAUACCGGAGAACUCGGCUACGUUCUGUAUAUUCCAAAUGAGUUCGCGUUACACGUAUAUACAAGAUUGAUAGACGCUGGGACAAAAUACGGAAUGAAACACGCUGGUUAUUAUGCGACGCGAGCUUUACGGGUGGAAAAGUUUUACGCAUUUUGGGGACAAGAUUUAGAUACGUUCACCACUCCUUUAGAGUGUGGGAGAUCGUGGCGAGUGAAAUUUGAUAAAGGAGUCGACUUCAUUGGUAGAGAUGCUCUUUUGCGACAGCGCGAACAAGGAGUCAUGCGCAAGUACGUACAGUUAUUGUUAAAUGAUCACGAUGUUGAAUUCGAUACGUGGUGCUGGGGAGGCGAACCUAUUUAUCGCAAUAGAAAGUAUUGCGGAAUGACAACAACUACGGGUUACGGAUUCACAUUCAAAAAGCAGGUGUGUCUCGGAUUCGUACAGAACUUAGAUUCAAAGGGUCAACCGCAAGAGGUAACAAACGAGUACGUGUUGUCGGGAGAUUACGAAGUGAACGUCGCUGGAAUCAUGUACCCCGCGAAGUGCCACUUGCACAGCCCGAAUUUACCAACGAAAUUUCCUGAUAAAGAGAGAGACGCUUAUCAUGCUACACGCGAUCAACAACCUUUGUAAUCCCCGGCGAACGAUCGUAAUGCGUCACGUGUGUGUACUCAUUUGUGAAACGGUACAUAUGUAUAUAUAUAUAGAAAAGUUUACUAAAUUUUUAAUAUAAAUGUCAAACUCAUGAGUGUUACACCACAUUGAAAGAUAUAGAAGUCGCAGUAAAAAUUUUAUAGAAUAAAGAAUCGCGUCGUUAAAUGUUA